CCCCCCCGCUCCCUCCCUGUGUCGUCACUUCCCGUGCCGCCCAGCUGAUGGCGGCCAGACCGGGCCUGCUUCACGCGACCCUCAUCAUCAUCAGUAGGGGCUGUGAAGCAGCCACCACCAACACUUUCGCCGCUGUCACCAUCGUCCUUGCCGUCAGCAGCAAGCAAGAGCUCGAACAUUAUUAUUAUGACGAUGUGUUUGCUUGUAGGCAGUGUUAAACUGAAUAACGACGUUUAUAGGCAUGGGUUGUUAUUGUGGCUUUAACAGCGCUGUCGUGACAAGUAUAAUUGAUAUAUAGUGUUAGAGUUAUAAACGUAUACUAGUGUUGCUAUUAUUAUUUCUACCACUACUGUUAUUGGUGUUUUGUUUUUGUGGAUCGGAAUGAGCUCCGGAGUGAACAAAAACGCAAAUGGCUCCUCGGCCUCACCGACCAAGCCAGCGACGUCCACCACCAUCUCAACAUCAGCAAUAGCUCCAUCAAUCUCGGGCAGCAUCACCUCCACUGGCCGUGGCUCCAGCGGCCAUCAUCAACAGCAGCAGCAGCAACUUAAGCAGAUCCUCCAACCCUCGGGCACAUCGACAUCAUCACCAUCUCCAGGUGCUGCUGGUGGCCGUCCCAGCAGGACCCAGCAGCAGCAUCAUCAAGGAGGAAUCCCCGUGACUGCAGCAGCGACCACCCCACAGACAUCACCGUGGGGCCCCCCUUGUCACGAACGUUACGCCUGUGGGGGGGCCGCCCUGGCCGAGAUCGAAUGUGACGAGUGUGGCUCCUUGCAGUGUGGGGACUGUUCCACCUUGCUGCACAACCAGCCCAAGGUAGCCAACCACGACCGGCGGCGCCUCGUACCUCCACUACAGCCAGGCCACCCUGCUGAGGCCACCCCAUCUGCUGCUGUUGCUGCUGCUGCUGCUGGUGGUGGAACUGCUGGAGCUGUGGCGACUGCAGGACCUGGAGGGUGGCAAGGCCCUGCGCCUUGCGAGGCCGAAUCGUGCCGGCCGCGACAGAGGGCCACCAUACGCUGCGAGCCGUGCGGUGUCAACGUUUGCCGUGCUUGUGCCGACAAGGCGCACAACGGACGAAAAAAGCACAGUCUCGUGGUGUUGGCUGGCCGUGGGCGGCUGGACGGGCCCAUGGAGCAGGAGGGAGAUAUGGCCAGGAAGAGCAGGAUGAAUGCGGUGGAUGCGAAGAGCUUCUUGCUGGUGGACGAGACGGAGAGGCUGCAGAUCUCCUCCGAGCAAGAGCUGAUUGAGAAGCUCAGUUGCCACGCGGAAGACCUGCUCAAGGUGGUGUCGAUCAUAGGCAACACGGGCGAUGGAAAGUCGCACACGCUCAACCACACGUUCUUUCACAAAGCCGAGGUCUUCCACACGUCGGCCACACAGGAGUCGUGCACGGUGGGCGUGUGGGCAGCAUACGACCGCAACAACAAACUGCUCACCAUCGAUACCGAGGGGCUCCUGGGUGUAACGGCCAACAGCAGUCAGCGCACGCGACUGCUGCUCAAGGUGAUGGCCGUGUCGGACGUGGUGCUGUAUCGCACACGCGCCGAGCGACUGCACAGCGACCUCUUCAAGUUCCUCGGAAACGCGUCGGAGGCGUACCUCAAGCACUUUACCGGCGAGCUGCGCGCCACGUCGGCCCGCUGCGGCAUGGAGGGCCCCCUUUCCGUGCUGGGGCCUGCCAUCAUCAUCUUCCACGAGACCCAGCACACCAACUUGCUGGGGCAGGGGGAAGGCCAGACGCCUGAGGUCUUGCUGCAGCGCAACUUCAAAGAGCUGAAGUGCACGCCGGAGGCGUUCAGCACGGUGGAGUACGUGGGCACGCGUACCUUCAACCCCCCGACGGACUUUGGCGGACUGUUGAGGGUCAUCCAGUACCGCCUCAAGAGCAACAGCAAUCGCGCCUCGCGCACCCCGGGUGUCAUCUUCAAGGCCCUGGAGGCGCUGAGCGAGCGAUUCAGCGGAGAGAUUCCUGUUGGCGACAUGGCUCGCAGCUCCUUCUUCCCAGACGAGUACUUCACCUGCUCCGCGUCCUGCCUGAGCUGCGGGCUUCGCUGCCGUAACAGCAUGAACCACCACAAGGACGGGGUCCAGCACCUGGCAGAGGGACGCUGCAAGUACAACUACCAGUGCGACAAUCGCGUGUUCACCUGCAAGCAUUGUUAUGAGAAUGGGAAGGAGGUCAUUGUGGUCCCCAAGACAUCGGCUUCAAAUGAAUCGCCGUGGUUCGGCCUCGCAAAGUACGCCUGGUCUGGCUACGUGCUGGAGUGUCCCAACUGCGGCGUGAUCUACCGGAGCCGCCAGUACUGGUACGGCAACCAGGAUCCCGAGGACACGGUCGUCCGUACGGAGCUGAAACACGUGUGGCCCGGGGCGAACGGCUUCAUCCGGGAGAACCACAACGCAGCGCAGCGGCUGCUGGACGGCGUCAACCUGGUGGCGCAGUCGGUGUCGGACAUUAGCUCGGGCCCGGCGCGCGCCGUCUCCGACUGGCUCACGGACCAGAUUGCGCCGGCCUACUGGAGGCCCAACGCGGUCGUCAUCGCGUGCCACAAUUGCAAUAAGCAAUUCGAGGAGAAGGACACGAAGCAUCACUGCCGGGCGUGUGGGGAGGGCUUCUGUGGCGCCUGCUCGUCCCGCUCGCGGCCCGUGCCCGAGAGAGGGUGGGGGCCGAACCCCGUGCGUGUGUGCGAUGCCUGCUUCCAACUCGCCCGGCCCCAAGAACAAAAACAACAGGCGGAGGGGGGCGAGGAAGAUGAGUCGGGCAAGGUGAUGGUGCGGAAGGUUGGCGAGGUUGUGCAGAACACACUGGGAGCCGUGGCCACCACCUUUAACUACCCACUGGGCCUGGUGAAGGACGUGGCGCGGCCAACCUACUGGGUCCCCGACCACGAGAUCGCAUCCUGCCAGGAUUGCAACAAGGACAUGACCUCAGGGAAGCUCGCCAAGCACCACUGCCGCGCCUGCGGCAAGGGCUUCUGCAACGAGUGCUCGACAGCGCGCCGGCCAGUGCCGUCGCGUGGGUGGGACCAUCCCGUGCGGGUGUGCAACACCUGCAGCAAGUGCAAGGGGGAGCUCUGAGACAGCCACCAUCUCCUGUUACUCCACGAUCCUUUGACUCUAAACCUCUUGACUUCUGCCUUCCUCCUUCUCCUCCCCUUGCCCAUUCACAUUCUUGUAACUCUCGGAAGCAAGGGGCGAUGUUUGGUUGAUCCCCCUCCCCAAGUGGUGAAGUCUGGAUGUGUAGUGAGAAUGGUUGUGCGGUGACUUUUUCUGUGUUAAUGCGAUUCAAGAAUCACUGCAGGGAACCCCGUGUUUGGUUUCCAAUACCCCGUAAGACUUGUGUGUUUCCCCCGUGUAUAAAUAAGGGAAGCCAAUACAGAUGGAUUCAAUCAGGGGAGUUAGAGUCUGCGAAUUAGGUGGCACAUGGUUGGUUUGGGAGUUAACUGAUUGGGGAUGCAUUAGUUGUUUUAGAGUUGUGGUGGAAUAAUUGCAUGGCUGGUUUAUUUGGGAGAUUAUCAUCUUUCUUAUGAGGACCAUGGCUUUGCUUCCUUCCUAUUGCAGGCCAUAAAUCGCUUGCUAAAGAGGACCGCAGUUGCACAAAAGGUAGAACUGCAGCUCGGCUUAAUUGCAGGGACUUUAAAAUAAUCAGAAAGAGGGACGUCACUUCGUAUUCAGGGAAGUACCACUGACGUGAUGGAGGAACUUGGCUCUGUAGUGGGCAGGAAGCCAAUGAUGCUUUCGUGAAGACGGCUUUGUAAUAACUGCAUUUGCUAACAGUUGUUGAGCAGAGGGUGACCAAGGAUGAUGACUUGGGAGGGUGAUAAUCCCAGUGGAUAGCCAAACAUUUUCAAAAUCACUCACCAUUCACAUUGCCACUGACACUAACCAACUGCAUUUCUUUACCUCUAUCAUCUGCGGUGUGAAGAGAUCUGCCUAAUUUUUAUCCAAACCAAACAGCCUCUCUGAGCCGUCGUAUCUUCCAAGUUGUGAGGUUGAUGUAGGUGCUUGCAUCGAUUGCAAUUUAAGCUCUUCCUGUCCUUAUGCGUCGCCUCUCCCUCCGACUCCUCCCUUUUGCAGUUAUGUCGCUUUCGAACAACCUCAAGGAUUACAUAUCUAAAGCCUUUAGAGCACAUGCCCAACAUUCGACCCUGUCAUCGACAAUCCGCGAGCGGCGACUAAGCGUUGGCAUAAGUGUGCUUUGCAUUUAUUUUCCCUGUUUAGUAGUUCACAACUUGUGUAUAACCCAGGCAAGCCAAGCACCACAAGCCGUGGAAGGGAGACUUCAAAUGAUCAAAUUUGAAGUUUUAAGACAGUCCUACCUGUAUCCAGCAGCCGUUAAGUGGGGUAUAUAUAAACACCACGCAAAGACACAUUUUUGCUCGCACAAAUAUUUGAUUUGUGUCGUGCUGCCACGAUGUGGGGACAAGCAAUGGGUUUGCUUCAUUCACUUUAAUGUAGCAGUUCUGCAGUAACUCUUAGCACUAGCUUUCAGAAGACGUAACAUCGGUUUGUGGGAAGUUCCAUGAAUCUGGUGCUCUUGUACGAGGUGUGACUGGGUCGUCGUGGAACCGACACUUGGUGCUCUACUCUAAUCAUCAGAUUUUUCUCUGACUUUAUCUUGCAAGGACCCCAUGGUCACAAAGUGUGAUCACGAGCACCGCUUCAAUGUCCAGCACGUCAUCAUUAUGAUGUAUUGUCAAUCACGGUAAACUGUAAACAAAUUGUAUGUUCUGGAAGCAAUCUCUUUCAUUUGCUUUUGUUUUGGAGGGGGGGGGGGGCUGUGAUUUUGUAAGAUAAUUGUAGUGUAUCUAUAUUAGCGUUCAUGAGGAUGUACUUACUAUAUAUACACAUUGUGUUAUACCUUUGUCCUUUUUCAGGUGAAAUACAAUAAGAUGCAAAUGUUAAGCUAUAAUUACUAUACAACAAAAAUAAGUUAAUGGUUACAUGCUAUAAAGGCGAGACCCCAGAAUAAGUGGUAAAUGAUACGCACCUUGCAUUGUUAGUGAAUUAGAUUUCCUUUAACACGUGAGUUCCGUUGCGCAAAAAAGGCACACUUUAAAUUAUUAGUGAAAUAUAUGUAAAUGAAUAACCGCUUAAAUAUGUUUUAGACCUUUUGAUGUUUGUAACUUUGAUUUCGAAUUUGCCACUCCUUAUUCAUCAGAAUGAUAAGCCCCCUAUGACCAAUCUGGGUUACCAGUCAAUACAUUUGUUUUGCCAUCUCGUCCGAGAAUAUCAUCCAUCAGUGUAGCAGCAGAGAGGUGAGCGACAGACUUUUGAAGAAUGUUGAAUCACAGCGACAGGAUGGCAAGCGACGUUGCCGUUACACCAAGUGCUGAAUUUGGGUUGUGGCAAUUCCAAUGGCGUGUGUUUAUACGAGUAAUGUACCUGUGUAGAUGUUUGUUUUCUCUUUUCAUUUUACAGUUUGUCAUUUUAAAAAAAUGUUUAGCUUAUUUUAGUGCUCAUUGUUUAAACCAAUUCAUCAUAAUUCGACUCAAAGCCUAUCGACAACGCUAAACUUUAAACAUUUAACAUCUCCAUCAGCAUGUUUUAAUAAACUAACCUGCAGGCCUGCAUUUCCAUUAUCUUAAUCUUGGGCUAAUUUUUUGUCGGGUUUGGCAUUUUAAUAAAAUUUUGGUUGAUAGGCAUGUAUUUAAAAUCAAGUCCAGCAUUGAAGCUGGAUUCACUGCCAGGUCUCUUGAUGUGUGGCCCCCCAGUUGUAGGUUUAUCAAAUUAGGAUUUUUUUUUCUUCACUGUCAGUAGGUUUCAUGAAUACACCAUCCGUGUUCAUACAAGGUACUGGCAUUGAGCACAAAAACCUAGCAUUCGGUUAUGAAUACUUAAUUUCCUUAUCAACUAAGGAGUUUAAUUUGCGACAAACUCUAAUAAAACUUCUCAGAUGCACUAUUAUACAAUUUUAAGCUUUUAACUUGUCAAAAGUGAUAUUUUACAAGUUCUUGUCACUUCCAGGUGGAAAAUAAAAAAAAAAAUUACAAAC